AUGAGUGCCGCAGAAAAGUCGCGCGGCCCGCCAAGGGUCAAAAACAAGGCCCCAUCGCAGCAGCAAAUUUCCGCCGAACAGCUGCUACGAGAGGCCUUUGAAAGACAAGAACCAGGCGUUCAAGCACCCACCCAGCGGUUUGCGGAUCUCGAAGAACUUCAUGAAUACCAGGGUCGGAAGAGGAAAGAGUUCGAAGACUAUGUCAGGCGGAAUCGGAUAAACAUGAACAACUGGAUGCGGUACGCCGCCUGGGAGUUAGAGCAGAGAGAGUAUAAUCGAGCACGUUCAAUCUUCGAAAGAGCACUCGAUGUCGACUCUACAUCUGUACCAUUGUGGCUACGUUAUAUUGAGGCGGAGAUGAAGACCAGAAACAUCAAUCACGCGCGAAAUAUUCUGGAUCGGGCUGUUAGCAUCCUCCCAAGAGUCGACAAGCUGUGGUACAAAUAUGUUUACAUGGAGGAAACCCUGGGGAAUAUUCCUGGUACCCGUCAUGUUUUCGAAAGGUGGAUGUCGUGGCAGCCGGAUGAGGCUGCAUGGGGUGCAUAUAUCAAGCUCGAAAAGCGAUACGGGGAACUUACAAGGGCGCGCGCAAUAUUUGAACGAUUUACUCGGAUACACCCAGAACCGAGGAAUUGGAUCAAGUGGGCGCGGUUUGAGGAAGAGAACGGGGAUCCGGAUCUCGUGCGCGAAGUAUACACAGCAGCUAUAGAACACCUGGGCGAUGAAUUCAUCGACGAAAAGCUAUUUAUUUCAUUCGCAAGGUUUGAAACGAAACUCAAGGAGUUUGAGAGGGCCAGGGCUCUAUACAAGUUUGCAUUGGAUAGACUACCGCGAUCGAAAUCUCAGCAACUUUACAACAACUACACUACCUUCGAGAAACAAUUCGGUGAUAAGGAAGGGGUUGAAGAUGUCAUCGCUGCGAAAAGGAGAGUUCAGUAUGAGGAAUUAAUCAAGGAGAACCCCAAAAAUUACGACGUCUGGUUUGACUAUGCUCGGCUAGAAGAGGCGCAAGGUGACGUUGAUAAAGUUAGAGAUGUGUAUGAGAGGGCAAUCGCCCAAAUCCCCCCGACGCACGAGAAGAGGCAUUGGAGGCGCUACAUUUACCUAUGGAUAAAUUACGCUCUGUUUGAAGAGCUAGAAACUAAGGACAAGGAAAGAACGGGGCAAAUUUACAACGAGGCGCUAAAGUUGAUACCGCAUAAGUCUUUCACAUUUGCAAAAAUCUGGUUGAUGGCUGCGCACUUCUACAUUCGCCAAAUGGACGUAACAAAGGCUCGAAAAACUCUGGGAACUAGCAUCGGGAUGUGCCCCAAAGACAAGCUGUUCAAAGGCUAUAUCGAACUCGAAAAGAAGCUGCACGAAUUUGUUCGUUGUCGGACAUUGUACGAGAAACACAUUCAAUUCAAUCCAGCGAAUACACAAGCAUGGAUUAAUUUUGCGGAAUUGGAGCGAGCGCUGGAUGAUAUGGAUAGAGCAAGGGCGAUUUAUGAACUAGCUAUAUUGCAACCAGAACUCGACAUGCCCGAGCUUGUGUGGAAGUCGUAUAUUGACUUCGAGGAGGAGGAAGAAGAAUGGGAUAGGACAAGAGCCCUGUACGAACGUUUACUGGCGAAGACUGAACACGUCAAGGUUUGGAUUAGCUAUGCACAUUUCGAGAUUAAUGUGCCCGAGGAAGGUGCCGAGGAUGAGGAAGUGGUUAGCGAAGAGGCGAAGGAUAGGGCAAGAGCUAUCUUCGAGAAGGGCUAUAAGAGACUAAAGGAUAGUGGCUUGAAGGAAGAGCGUGUGGUUUUGCUCAAUGCAUGGAAAUCCUUCGAACAGACUCAUGGCACACCAGAGAGCAUCCAGAAAGUUGAGGCACAGAUGCCAAGGAAGGUCAAGAAGCGAAGAAAGUUGGACGAUGACAGCUUCGAGGAGUAUAUGGACUAUUUGUUCCCGGCCGACGAGGAACAAAAUGCAGGGAUGCUCAAGCUGCUACAGGCUGCCCACAAAUGGAAGCAGCAGCAGGCUGGUGCGGCUUAG